GCAGAACCUGGGAGCGGGGGGGUUGCCCGGGACCCACGGGGCCCCAGCAGCUCUGAGAAGAGGGACCCCCAUAACCCCAAAGUAAGGACACUGGAAGCAGGGAACUCCUAGGAAGUGGUUUUGGACUUAGUGAAUUUUGGAGGUAUUUCUGGCCACCAGCCACCCAGUGACUUCUAGAGAUGGACUUGGAGAGGAGGACCUUCAAAGCUAAUGUCCUGGUUUAGGACAAUUUUGGGGGAAAACCUCUAAAGGUCUUUCCUCUAGAAGACCAAAUUCAAGUGGCUCCUCCCCCAACUGGUUCUGGAAAAAUAUUUCCUUUGAGAAAAGUGGAAAACACUGUUUAUUUAACAGGCAAAGCACUCACCAGCCCAAGUGUCAUGGUUUGACCCUGGCACAAUGCCAGGGCCCCCAUGAAGGGUAUAUUUCCAAAAUGGUUGCUGUGAGAUGUGACCCGGGAACAGAACAAAGCAGGCUCCCAUUCGGGGAUGGAGGGAAAAACACAACACUUUAUUUAUUACAAAUCUAGAAAGGAACACAUACCAAGCUAAAAAUGAAAACCUUCCAGAUACUUUCCUCCUCCCCCUCCCUCUUCUCCACAGAUUCACCAUCCCUCAAAUUAUCAACCCUCAAAUCCAUCAGGGAUAGAGGAGUCCCCCCUUGCCUCAUAGGCCUCCCCCGGAAGCACAAUUAAAACCUCCUGUGCUUCCGUGUCACCCAUGGCCCCACCCAGAGAACAUCGGCCCUCGUGACUUCUCCCCCCCAACGUCCAGCGCUCUCACCACUGGACAUGGGCCAGGACUGCUUUUAGGGUUCCCCGUUUAAAGAUGCUCCACCCACUUCCAGAAGCAGCAGUCUCUCAACUCUGGGACACCAGUCCCCCCCAAAUUUCACCCCCUGGGGCCGAGGGGCCUCAUGAGCAGAGAUCUUCCUCUCCGUGGAGACAGAGGGCAUCUCACACCCUCCUCAGCUGUUUCUGUUCACGCCGCUGCUUCACUCUUGACUCCCGGGUGUUGCCUCCCCCUAAAUACAGUCUCUGGGUCACAGGAAAAAAACACGGGUCUGUCCAUGGCUAUACAAGAAAGAGUCCAGCCCAAGGCCACUCCAUCAUCUCUUCCACUCAGGAUUCUUCUCUCCUCUUCCAGCUUUCCUCACGCUUGCCCAUUUCAUCUCUCAUCUCUCCCUCUCACCUCAUCCUGAUUCAGGAGGAUUCAGUAUUUGUAAGGUUUCUAUUAGUCUACAAAGGGGUUAAAAUCUUCACUUCUGCCUGUCCAGGACUCCCACAGCUGCCAGGCACCUCUCUGCCGCAUCCCCCGCUUCUGGCCGGCUGAGUUGCUAGCACAAUUUCUGUCUCUCUCUCCGGGGGGGGCUGCCCAGACAUCUCAAUUCUCAUCAACCCCUGCAUGUUCUCCUCCACCUCUGCACCUUUUGGGGCUCCCGGCCUCCUCCCUGUCAUGGCCUCCCCCUCCCCCACCCACACGCAGCUGGGCAGGGGAGAGGCCAGACCUACUCACCAACGCCGGAUUCCCAAAGAGGAAGUUCUCUGGGAAUCUCCUGCUUUUAACCCCCGUGUGUUCUCAGAGGCGUAUCCAGAUCCUCAGUGGCCACAUCCCAUGCCAAUUUUGAAUUUGGCCACUGAUUGGCCCGACUUAGACCUUUCCAGAAACACAUUUCCAGGCCAAACCACGACACCAAGAAACGAGCAGUAUUAAGCAAUAAAACCUCUUGCUGCUCCAGAAGAGAUGACAAACUCACAAAGCCCCUCCAUGGGCUGUAGCUCAGCUCACUCAGUCUCUUAUCAGUCCCUCUGGUGCUGGAAAUGCCGCGGCCCAGCCCCGGUGGGGCACAGGUGUGAGCUCCUGGUGCUCUUGUGAGUGCUCAGUCCAGAGCAGGUUUAGACAGGUCCAAAGACAAGGAAAGCCAAAAACCACAGUCCAGGGGGAACUUCUCUGCCUCAGCAAGCUCGAACUAACUAAAAGCAAAAGGAGAGCUCUGUCCUGCUGUCUGUCCAUCCGCAGACAACAGAGGAGCAGGAAUGUGGAGGUUCUGAAAUGAGAGAGGUUCUGAAAACAAACUCCAUGUUUCUUCUUCCUCUUUGCUCUCAGAACCAGCCUUAAUGAUACAAAACUUACUUCAGAGGAAUGGGGAUGCGAGCAUCAUGAAGUCACUCCUGAGACCCCUAAACCCCACUCAGCCUGUCUAAGCAGGACCUGGGAGAGGGAGGAUGUCCAGGACCCAUGGGCCCCUCAGCAGCUCUGAGAAUAGGGACCCCCAUAACCCCAAAGUAAGGACCCUGGAAACAGGGAACCCCUGGGAGAGGUUUUCAACUCCUUCUUGAUUUUUGGAGGUAUUUCUGGCCACCAGACACCCGGUGACUUCUAGAGAUGGAAUUGGCCAGCGGGACCUUCAAAACCAAUGCACUCACAUCUUGUUUUUCUCCCAAAUUAGGAUUUCCCAUUCCCAAACCUUAUCUGGAUAGAGGAGAAGGCUGCGAGGAAGCAGAAUAUGCUCCAGGACACUGAGGCAGACAAGGAGCUGAGGAUGGAGAGCAGGGAGGACAAAUCCCCACGGCAGAACCUCAUGGACGAGGCCGUUUUGAGCGGCUCCACAGCACGGGAACCUAAUGGGGCUGAAAAGCCUCAGAGAUCCCUCAGGAGGAGGGGCUCCAAACCCAGCCCAGGAUAUGCUGAGGGAGAAAGACCCAGCCUGUGCCAGGAAGGCAGCCAGAGAUCUGGCCAGAGCUCUGAGGUGGUGGUCAAUGAGCAGCUUAAUGAUGGCAAGAAGACCCACCAGUGCUUGGAAUGUGGGAAGAGUUUUCCAGCGAGCUCCUGCCUGAUCAUCCACCAGAGGAUCCACACCGGGGAACGGCCCUACGAGUGUGGGGAAUGUGGGAAGAGCUUCAGGAUCAGCCACCACCUGAUGAACCACCAGAGGAUCCACACCGGGGAACGGCCCUACGAGUGUGGGGAAUGUGGGAAGAGGUUCCAGACCAGCUCCCACCUGAUCACCCACCGAAGGAUCCACACUGGGGAAUGGCCCCACGAGUGUGGGGAAUGUGGACAGAGGUUCAGGAUCAGCUCCCACCUGAUCGCCCACCAGAGGAUCCACACCGGGGAACGGCCCCACAAGUGUGAGGAAUGUGGGAAGAGCUUCAGGAUCAGCUCCCACCUGAUCGUCCACCAGACGACCCACACCAAUGAACGGCCCUAUAAAUGUGGAGAAUGUGGGAAAGGCUUCAGGAGGAGCUCCAGCCUGAAACUCCACCAGAUGACCCACACUGGGAUACGACCCUAUGUGUGUGGGAAAUGUGGGAAGGGCUUCCGUGACAGCUCUCGCCUGAUCAUCCACCAGACAAUGCACACUGGGGAAUGCCCCUACACGUGCUCAGAAUGUGGGAAGAGCUUCAUUGAGAACUCCAGCCUGAUUAUGCACCAGAGGAUCCACACUGGGGAGAGGCCCUACGAGUGCGGGGAAUGUGGGAAAAGCUUCAUCCAGAGCUGCCAUCUGAUUCUCCACCAGAGGAUCCACACUGGGGAGAGGCCCUGUAAGUGCAGGGAAUGUGGGAAAAGCUUCACUGCGCCCUCCGCCCUGAUUGCCCACCAGAGGAUCCACACUGGGGAGAGGCCCUACAAGUGCGGGGAAUGUGGGAAAAGCUUCAGCCAGAGCUCCAGCCUGACUGUCCACCAGAGGAUCCACACUGGGAAGAAGCACUAUGAGUGUCCUGAGUGUAGGGAGAGGUUUCAGAGCAGAUACCGUCUCCUCAAGCAUCAGCAGAUUCACACAGAAUAGAGGCCCUUCCGCUGCCCCGAGUGCAGGAGGGGCUUUAAGAAAAACUCCACCCUCAUCACCCACCAGCGGAUCCACGCUGGGGAGAGGCCCUAAGAGUGUCCCAAGUGUGGGAAGCGCUUCUCCCAGAACUCUACUAUGACCCAGCACCAAGGGAGGCAGCAGUAAGGGAAGCCCUACAAGUGCCCCGUGUGCAGGAAGAGCUUUGAGCGCUGCUCCAACUCCAUCCCCCACUGGAGGACCCCCAUUGGAUGGUCCACGAUGACCCUCGUUUGGCAGAGACUUGGUGAUCCAUGGUCCCUUUGAUCCAUGUUAGGAAGAAACCUGGCUGGUGGUCUCCACAUCUUCCUGGCUCCUCUUGGACACUUGGGCAGCAGGAGAAAAAUCCAUUGGGAUGCAAACCGACAUCAGAAUUUCAUAGGGGACCGUACAGUUUUUUACUUUCGACCCCAAAAAUAUCUCACGUUUUGCAUCCAAUCAUUUCUUCAGGUGGCAUCAAGGAAUACUGGAUGGUGUUGGAGGUCUUUUCCAACCUAAAUCAUUCUAUGAUUCUAAUUCUCCCUAGCCUAGAGACAUCUUCCACAGCCAAAUGGUGAUGGACUGGGGCACAAAACCAGGAUUUUGGAGAAAAUGGAGUGGAAAUUCCUCUAGAAAAGAUCCUUUCUACCCACCCAGGCACAUGGAUACUCAGCCAGCAUGUACACAUAAAUCCUUUUAUUUUGGCCUUGAUUUUCCUUCAUAUUUCUUUAUCCCUUCACCCACCAUUGGGGUAAAAAUAAAGACAUUUAACUAA